AACUGGCUUAGCAGGUUAUGUGGCAAGUAGAAUAAUCUAGUUAUUCUUAGAGCAAAAGACACCAUGGCAUUGCUCCUUGUCUUGUUUCUUGCCAACAUUCUAACACUUUCACAGGGAUCAUCACAACCGGCUCAUGUCCACCGCCAGAUUCACCUCCUCCGGCCACAAUCCGGUGCCGGGGGAGACCUUGUACCUGGUUUGUCAUGCCUGAGCUGGCGACUCGGCGUGGAAACUAACAACAUUAUUGGGUGGAAAACUAUUCCACAAGAGUGUGAAGGUUAUGUAGGUCAUUACAUGUUAGGGAAGCAGUAUCGGAAAGACUCCAAAGCAGUAGCGGACGAGGCUUUUCUCUACGCCCAAAGCCUGAAGCUGCCCAGAGACGGCAAAGACGUUUGGAUCUUUGACGUAGACGAGACUACCCUCUCCAAUUUGCCUUAUUAUGCUGAGCAUGGAUUCGGGGUGGAGCCAUACAAUGCCACACUGUUCAAUAAAUGGGUAAUGGAAGGCAAAGCUCCAGCUUUGCCUGAGAGUCUUAAGCUAUACAAGAAGUUAUUAUCUCUUGGGAUUAAGGCUGUUUUCAUAACUGGAAGAGCAGAAGACCAAAGAAGUAUAACAGCUACUAAUCUAAAGAAAGUUGGAUUCCACUCUUGGGAGAAGCUUAUACUUAAGGAAUCAUCCUAUUCAGGAAAAACAUCAGUAGGAUACAAAUCCAAUGAGAGAAAAAAGCUGGAGAAGAAUGGGUACAAAAUCGUUGGAAAUAUAGGUGAUCAAUGGAGUGAUCUCUUGGGCACCUACACUGGCAAUCGGACGUUCAAGCUGCCAGAUCCAAUGUACUACAUUAGCUGAAGCUGAAGUUAAGAACUAUGACAAAAAUGUUGCUGCUCCUGCCCUUACGAAAACCCUAUAGCUAGCUGGAACCUGUAUUAUCAUUUCUUUACUACCUUAUGUCUAGGGAAACUUGCAAAAGUUCAAGGUCUGGAUUGAUGCAACCCUUGUUAAGAUAAAACUUGCUUGAGCUUUGUUUAUUUUCUGAACCAAGUAUUGGAUAUGUGUCCAUGUUGCUUCGCUGUAUUGGUCUUAUAAGCCAGAUCUUAUGUUGUUUAUGUCUCUUAUGAUAUGUUAUAUUUUGCAUGCAAAGCUUAAUGCAAUGUUAAACACUAGGUAGAUAUUGUACAAGUGUUAAUCAUGCAUGUAGUGCAUAUAUACUUGUAUCUCUCUGCAGUUACUGCUACGCUCGAUGUUUACAAAGUUACUUUCUCUUAA